CUCCCCUGGACACGACUCCCCCUGCACAUCACCCACGCUAUAUCACCGUACAACAUUGUUGGUUUCCAGAUACCUAUUGGGAUAUCAUAGGUGCGCUCAGGGAGCUGCACAGUAUCUGUUUCCACGCUUUGUCACGCUUCACCGGCUGUACCCCCUCAGCCCGCCCUCCAAAUUUUGCGUUGUCUUUUCGCGGAGACUUCUUGCACCCUUGGCUCUGCCCCAACUUACCCCUCGUCUCUUGGAUACGCAGUACUGCCACGCGGAUUCUGUAGAAUCAUCAUGUUUAACUAUUUCAAGCAACAGUUAGCAAACGUGGCCGGGACUCAGGAGCCCGAGUAUGGUCCAACAGCCAUUCAACCCGUUGGCCAGCGAGAGGGCGAGCCUGCUUACACGGAACUUACCAAGGAUCAUCUGAAGUGGAUGACCAUCAAUCAAACGUGUGUUGAAACGCAGACGUUCUACUUCUUCACCGAGUCGGGCCAUAUCGGAUUUGUACAAGCUCUCUACAGUAAUGUCGUGGGCUUGAGGAUCACGUGCCAGUUUAACUGCAAGAUAUUCUAUCCCAAUCAGGAGAAAGAGCCCCUCUGGUCUUCUGAUCCGCUCUCGAAUCACGGCUUCGACCAGGAACAGUAUUCAUUCUUUGCCGAUAACCUCUCGGUCGAGCUGUCCGAGGACGGCAACUCGUACACGAUCAAAUCGGUCACGAACGAAAAUAGCAUCGUCGAUCUCAAGUUCGUAAGAACGGCUCCUGGUUUUAUGGGCGGGGAGAACGGCACAAGCAAUUACGGGACAGAUCCUAAGAACCCGUGGGGAUCCAUGCGUCAUGCUUUCUGGCCCAGGUGCGAUGUCGAAGGCAGGAUAAUCACCAAGGAAGGAGAGAUCAACUGCAAAGGGCGCGGCUUUUUCAGUUUUGCCUUGCAGGGCAUGAAGCCACAUCACGCAGCUUCUCGUUGGAAUUUCGUCAACUUCCAUUCCCCCAGCUAUUCUGCUGUGAUUAUGGAAUUCACCACUCCGCCGUCCUAUGGUUCCACUGUUGUGCGGGUUGGAGGCAUUGUUGCACACGAUAAACUGCUCAUGGCGGGAACUGCUGGUCUUGAAGUCAAGCAUACCGAGAGCGGGCAGGAUUCCGAUAACGAUUGGCCACAGCCUAGUGCUGUUGCAUGCCACUGGAAUGGCAAGACCGAAGAUGGAAAAGACGUCUCGGCGAGCCUUGUUGGUUCGAUUGGCGACCGUCUUGAUCGCGUCGACGUGAUGGCCGAGGUGCCCGGGUUCGUGAAGACGAUUGUCGCUAGCGCUGUUGGUACCAAGCCGUACAUAUAUCAGUUCGCUCCCAAGAUGACGCUUGAGGUCAAGAUUGGUGAUGAGGUCAAGAAAGAGGAGGGUUCGCUAUUCAUGGAAGCCACAUUCAUCUCAUGAGCAAACAGUUGCAUUUACUACGGACUAUAGUCAUUCACGUCGCAGGACCGGCGCCUGAGAAAUACCCUACUUAAUCAAUACCAACUACUUUUGCCCAUUG